AUGGCGAUUAGUAACGACCACAGUGGCUGUGCGCGGCCGGAGGCGGCAGUUGCGUCGUGUGCCCCACGCGACGCGGGGGAACUUGUGGCGUUGCCGCCGCACGGCGCGCUGACUGCGUCUCCCCGGACGCCGGCGGACGACCUCCGGGAGGAAGAGGCGGUGCGGAGCGAGGUGGCGGUGCAGCUGGCGGAGAAGGUUGUUGUCCUCCGCCGGCAACUGCGGCGGCGGGAGGCGGAGAUCCAGGCGCUGCAGUCAGGCGACGGGGGCGGCGUGGCCGAGUUGCAGCGGAAGCUGGCGGAGAUGGAGACGAAGGGGGCGCUGUGGCGGCAGCGCGUGAAGGAGGCGUUGCGGGCGUCGCAACGGCGAGAGCAGGCCCUUCUCGCCGAGAACAUUGCGCUGCAGCAGCGGCAGCAGGAGCUACAGGGGAGGCUCAAUGAGGCGGCGUUUCGCCUGGAGGCCGGCGCCCUGAGGAACGCACGGCGGACGGCGCAGGUGAGUCGCCACAGCCAAACGAAUGAAUCCACGGAGGAGGCGGAGUCUGGGGAUGAUGACUCGUACGGCGGCGACGCCCCGGUGGUGUCGGUCGCCGGCGCCAACACACUCCCCCCGCGGCAACCGCAGCCAUCUCCUCCGAGUCCCACGGCCCGUACGCCGUCGUAUGUGGUGGCGUCCAUGGAGAGCCUAGCGGCAGCGGCAGCGGCGGCGGCUGUGACACCAAUGCAGCCUGAAUUUCUCCCGGACGUCGGCGGUAAAAGUUCUCUCGUAUUCCCGCCCCCGCCCCCGCCGUUCCUGCUGACGCCGCGCGGGAAUUCAAACCCCAACGGUAGUCGUACUAAUGGCAGUCCGAAUUGCCCACUUGAGAUUUCGUCGUGCGACCCGGACAGCCAUGCACAGGCCGCGCCGCUCAUUGUUGCUGUUCACUACAACAACUCGGAGGGGUGGAGUGUGGAGACGAAGCUGCAGGUAUACCCCGGCAUGACGGUGGCCCAGCUGAAGUCGCAUUGCUGUUCACAGUUUAACGAUCGCUACCAACUGCAGUUGGACGCCGGCGCACUGUGUGUUCGCUACUACCACGAGAAGGCGAACCGGCAUGUGGUGCUGUCUGCCUACCGUGAGCUGCAUUCCUUCGCCUGUUUCCAGCGGUGCGGGCGUGAGCAGAUACCCAUUACACUGCAGCUCGCCACGGAAGACCACCUGGCAAGGCUUGUGCAUGACACAAUGAAUCUUGCGAGUGUGUCAAGGCUGAAUUCUCCGCAUGACCGUGCGGAAUGA